AUUGAUGACCUAAUUGAAAAGCAGGAGGAGGAGGUGGAUGAUAGAGAGAGAGAGAGAGACGCGCUCCAAUGAGAAAAGUUUAGCCUACUUGUUCUUCCUCCGCACACUGUUGAGGGCAUUGAUGUGACCGCAUAGGCUUUCUGUUUUUUACGCGCACUUCUUUCCCACUAUCUUUCACCCUCACACACGGAGCACAAAACCACCUUCUCACCUUUAGUUUAGCGCGUGUCUGUAUUUCUUUUCUUUCCUUUUCCAACCUUUUAUGAAUGAUUCUCUCUCGCAAUACUUCUAAGAUAUCCUCGGAUACUUCUCCGUCCUCGUCUGCACGACUUCACCUCGGCACAUCUUCUCUCCCUAAGUUCAAAAGCCACCAGGACUUUCACUGCAGCUUCAGCCGCACUUGGGGGAAAUAUCACUCGACGAGGAAAGACUUGAUACUGAGUGCAGCAGCAGUUGAAGCCUCCGCCGACAUGAGUAUCAAGGCUGACGCAGAGCCCAACAACAAUGUUUCCAUCGAAGAGGAGGUGCGAACACUGUUUGUCAGUGGCCUUCCAGUGGACAUUAAACCACGGGAGCUUUACCUUCUCUUCAGACCCUUUAAGGGUUAUGAAGGGUCACUGAUUAAGUUAACAUCAAAACAGUGUGUUUCUUCCCUUUUUGCCUUCCAGCCUGUCGGGUUUGUUACCUUUGACAGUCGUUCUGGAGCUGAAGCUGCGAAAAAUGCUCUGAAUGGUAUCCGUUUUGACCCCGAAAGUCCCCAGACCCUGCGCUUAGAGUUUGCUAAAGCCAACACGAAGAUGGCAAAGAGUAAGCUGAUGGCCACACCGAACCCCACAAAUAUCCACCCUGCUCUAGGAGCACACUUCAUUGCACGGGACCCAUAUGAUAUGACAGGAGCAGCACUGAUCCCAGCUUCUCCAGAUGCCUGGACUCCUUACCCCCUGUACACCACGGAGCUGGCCCCAGGUCUCCCUCAUGCAGCCUUUAGUUACCCAGCGGCCGCUGCCGCUGCUGCAGCCCUCCACGCCCAGAUGCGCUGGUACCCUACUCCCGCUGAGACUUCCCAGCCUGGAUGGAAGUCCCGGCAGUUUUGUUAGAUAUUUAGCCUCUGGAAACCACACCUUUGUCCAGCUGAAGUGAGGUUUGCCGAGUUCUUCAUUAAUUUAAUCAGGUUUAUUUAAUGGACAAGUGUGCAUUACUAUAAACAAACAGUAUUUAUAUCUCCUCCCGAUUAUCUCUGGGGGGGGUUGAGUUGAAACCAUCUUGCUGUCGACAAUCUAAGCUUAUCCUUGGCAACUAGGGCGGUACCAUCUUAGCACUUCAAAAAAAAAAAACUCAUGCAAAGCCUAGUCAAACUCGAUGGAUCAUAAUUGCUGAGGAAAAUGAACUAAUUGAAGUAAUUGUUGUUAAGCUAGUCCUUCCAUGGGUUACCGCUGGUCCUGGGAGGCUUAAAGCAUUAAGAGUCAUUGCAUGUUAGUCCUUUUGGCAUGAAUUUAGAACGCAGAGUUCUGUGUAGCCUAAUUUUCUUAGUGUUUGUGUUGCCGCUUUACCUUUUGGCCUAGACAGCUAAAUGUUUUGUUUUCCUGUAGAACCUUGGUCUUACCUCUGUGAAAGCUAGGCUGUUGUGUAAAUGGCUUGCAUCGCAUGGACCUUGUGAAUGCUUCCCUACGUUCUGACAACCCCAGUCCUUAUGAUCAUAUCAAUGUCUGUCAUUAUUUGAGCAAACAAAAGUACAAAUGUUUCUGUACUUUUUUGCGUAAUGUAUAUUUAUGCAUUUUUGUGCAACUAAAAUAAUGAACCUGUAUAAGUUGGAUGUUUAGUCGUCUCUUGUGUUUUUGGUGUUACUUUUUGAUCCUAUAAUCCUGUUGACGUAGUUUUAAAGAGAAAAAAGUGCAAUUUGUUUAAAUGGGAAUCUGUCAAAAAUGGAAGUAUUCUGAACGUGGCUUGUGCCAUUCUGCUAAAGAGAUUGCUGCAAAACGAUCUUUCAGAAUGUGAAACUGGACUACAAAUGUAAAAGGUUGAUUUUUCUUGGGGGGCCAUUUUGAAAUGGAGAGCAGGAAUAGUGAUGAAGGAAUUUAGUUUGUGGUUUAAAAAAAAACAUGUUUGUCUUUGUAUCUGCUCAGCAUAAGAUGUAACAAAUAUUCCCAUCUUAUGAAUAAUAAAAUAAGUGAAUGCA